AUGGCCGUUCCACGAGGGAAGAUUGUCGUCAGCUACACUGGAAAAGACGGCAAAGGCUACUUCGAACCUGAUGCCCAAGUUGCCGUGGAAGAACUACCUGGCGGCGCCACGGUCCGCCGCAUCUCCAGCAUUCCCAAGGUGCCGAUCCCUUCAGUACCGACCGGGGGAGAGCACCUCACGGUGUCCGUGAGUAACAACGAGGGUGUAACGUUUCUCGAAUGCGAAAUGGCGCCAGGCCAGUUGAGUCCCAUGCACGCCACGCCGUCCAUCGACUAUGGUGUCAUGAUCAGCGGACAGAUUUACUUGAUCCUAGACUCGGGGGAGGAGAGGGUGCUCAAGCCGGGCGACGUAUACAUCCAGAAAGCUGCCAACCACGCAUGGAAUAACCGCACUUCAGAGCCCGCACGCUUUGCCACGGUUCUGGUUGCUGCGCGUCCUGCGUAG